AUGCCAAAGGUGGUUGCGCCUUCUUCUGGUUCUAACGAUGGGGCACCAAAAGUGCAUGCUGGCGUCCAUCUGCCCAAGAUUGAAUUGCCAAAGUUUAACGGGGAUUACGAUCUGUGGUUGCCUUUUCAUGACACCUUCAAGUCUUUGAUCCAUGACAACCCGGAUUUAAAGACCAUUCAAAAGUUCCACUAUUUGCGGUCAUGCGUGGUUGAAGAGGCUGAGAGAAAGAUCGAGAAUCUCCAGUUGAGCGAGAUCAACUAUGAGAUUGCGUGGGAUACUCUUGUCAAACGGUUCUCCAACAAGUAUCUCAAUAAGAAACGGCAUGUCAACGCGUUGUUGCACUUUCCGCGCGCGGAGAAGUUGACGGCGAGUGGGAUUCAUGAAGUGAUCGACUGUUUCGACCGGUGUACGAAGAUCUUGGAUCAGUUGGGUGAGGUUUCGUCGGGCUGGGGAGUUUUGUUGACGCAGCUGUUGGUGUCGAAGAUGGACGAUGCAUCGCAGAAGAGCUGGGAGGAAGCGGCGCUGAAACUAGCGGACCCGACGUUCGGGGAUGUGAUCCAGUUUUUGGAGAAUCAGACGAGGGUUCUCGAAGCGAUUGCAGUCGAUCAGCAACCGGAAGUUCAGCGAUCGUCACCUGUGACUUCUGGCAAGCCAGCAAAGAAGCCCUUCCCAAAGCUUGUGGUGAAUGCUGCGACGGAUGCUGGCCCGCAGAAGUGUCCAGUUUGCAAGGGAUCUCACCAAGCUUCUUAUUGUCCGGAUUUUAAAAGGCUGUCGGUGGAGCAGCGGAUCAAGACGAUCUACGAGCAGAAGCUGUGCAAGAACUGCUUGCGUGUUGGACAUAGGAUGUGGACGUGCCCGAUUGCUGCACGCUGCAGUACGUGUGGUGGAAGGCACCACUCGUUGAUCCACCCCGAGAAGCCAGCGGGUGUCCGUGGUUCGGCAUCGAACAGGCCGGCCCCGGUGGUGCAGCAGGCUGCUGGUUCUAGCGUACUGUCAGCAGGGACGGGAACGGCCAGCACACCGCAGGCUCUGACGAGCUCUGUGGCAACCAUUUACGCUGCAAACGUGGCAGCGGAGUCGAGGAAGAUUCACGUCUUCUUAUCGACGGUUCUCGUUUCGGUGAAAGACUGCAACGGAAAGUUGCACACGGCGAGAGCACUUCUUGAUAGCGGGUCGCAGGCAAAUUUGAUCUCGGAGCGGCUGUGCCAGAUGCUGCGAUUGCCCCGUAAGAAGGUCAGCGUACCGAUAUCCGGUGUCGGCAGCGCACGGAUGCAGGUUGACAGCUCGGCGUCGGCAAUAAUUUCCUCGCGCGUCUCGAACUAUACCGUACCGAUGGAGUUUCUGGUACUGAAACGUGUAACCGAGGACCAGCCGUCGGCAACGAUUGCCAUCGGCGAGUGGAACCUCCCGUCGGAUAUGGUUCUGGCGGAUCCCGGUUUCAACAAGCGCGCUCCGAUUGACCUGCUGUUGGGUUUGGAGCACUUCUACGAGUUCUUGCUGUUGAAUGGUGGUCAGGUGCAGAUCCAGCGUCCUGGUGAAGGUCUUCCGCUGUUUGUCAACACAGUUUUUGGUUGGAUAGCAGCAGGGAAGACGGACUUGGGAAGCCUCAACCCUGUCCCGAGUUGUCACGUUUCGGUUAACGCGACCCUGGAGGAGAAAAUCGAGCGGUUUUGGACCAUCGAAGAGCUGCAGGAGGCACCGAAGCAAACACAAGAAGAGCAGGAUUGCGAGGAGCACUUCCAGACGACGUUUUCACGCGACACUACGGGAAGGUACGUGGUGCGGCUUCCGAAGCGCUUGGGCUUCGAGAAGAUGAUCGGCGAAUCCAGGGAUAUGGCGGUGCGACGAUUGAUGCAGCUCGAGCGCAGGCUCGGUAAAGACGAAGGGCUUCGGGUGCGUUACAGCGAAGCGAUCCACACUUAUCUCGAGCAGGACCACAUGAGAUUGGUAACGGAGGAGGAGCUGAAGGGCGACACGCGCCUUGAGUGCUACCUUCCUCACCAUCCGGUGUUCAAGGAAUCGAGCACAACUACGAAGAUUCGACCGGUGUUCGAUGGUUCGGCGAAGACGACGUCAAAUCAUUCGUUGAAUGAAGCGCUGAUGGUGGGCCCAGUUCUCCAGGACCCGCUUUUUGACCUGGUGCUUCGUUUCCGGAAGAAGCAGGUUGCUCUCGUCGCUGACAUCGAGAAGAUGUACUUGCAGGUCAAGGUGCAUUCCGACGACACCCCUCUGCAGCGGAUCUUGUGGAGGCCGUCACCGUCGGAGCCCAUUCGGACGUACGAGAUGCUUCGGGUCACUUUCGGCCUGGCCCCAUCGUCGUACCUAGCGACAAGAUGUCUCCAGCAACUGGCGCAUGAUGAAGGUGAAGUGUACCAACGUGCGAGGGAAGCUCUGCUGCGGGACUUCUACGUCGACGACUUCAUCGGAGGAGCGGAGUCCGAGGAAGAAGCGCUUUUGCUGCGGCAAGAGCUGGAGCAGCUGCUGCCGAAGGGCGCUGCGGACGAUCUGGGGACGCAGACCAAGCUCAACUUCGACCAGGAGCAGGUGAAGACACUGGGCAUCAACUGGCAACCUGGGCCAGAUGUGCUGGGAAUCGACGUGUCGAGUUUGUCCGUGAGCGGACCGUGGACCAGAAGAAGGGUCUACUCGAUAAUCGCCCAGCUGUGGGAUCCGAGCGGAAUCACUGCCCCGGUGAUAUCAUGGGCCAAAAUCCGGAUGCAGCUGCUGUGGGUAGCGACGCAAGGGUGGGACGACCCGUUGGCGCCGGCGCUGGCGACACAAUGGACGGAAUUCCACCAGCAACUACCCGAGUUAGCCAAGAUAGCAGUCGACAGGUGCGCAUUCGUGGAGAAUCCAGCGCACGUCGAGUUCCAUGUGUUUGCGGACGCAUCGGAGGCUGCAUACGGAGCAUGCAUAUACGUUCGCUCAGUUGACCCAUCAGGACGGGUCAAGAUUUGCCUGUUGGCGGCGAAGUCGCGUCCUGCAGGUUUGAAGAAGGUCACUCUAGCAAGACUGGAGCUGUGCGCGGCUUUGAUGGCAGCGAGGCUGUACAGUAGAGUGGUCCAAGCUCUCAAGAUGGAGGGUACGGAAACUUGGUUUUGGUCAGAUUCGACAGUCGUACUAGCGUGGCUCAAGUCGCCAUCGUUCGUCUGGCCAACGUUCGUCGCGAACCGAGUCUCGCACAUUCAGGAGCUGACGAAGGGACAUCGUUGGAACCAUGUCAAGGGGACGGAGAAUCCAGCGGACCUCGUUUCGCGCGGCGUGAUGCCGAAGGAUCUCGUUGGACUGCGUCUGUGGUUUCAAGGUCCGCACUGGUUGGAGGCAUUCGAGGAGUAUUGGAGCAAGGCGAAGCAAUUUCCCUCCACUCUGGUCCUCGCAUGA